AUGGGUUCUGGUUCUCCUACAAGCCCAAAGCCCUCAGCAAUUCCGUCCCACAUGUUGAACGGUAGCUCCCCGCUGCAACAUACAACUAGCAGCCGUGAUUCUCGUGAGCGUGAGAGUCUCAAUACAUCCAUUCGCUCCUCUUUUGAACCCAGAAUUCCCAUUGAAUUUGAAUCUCCUGAGGCUAAGACCGAGACCACGGCCGAAACUGGGGAGACUGAGGCCGCCCCCACCCAGUCUGUUUCUAGUGCUUCUGUGCCAAUUCGCAGUGUGGCGCCAGUGCGUCCUAGCUUGAAUGACCCUCCCCGCGAUCCCAGGGAUGCGGCCGCCCCAUUGACACCUUCAACCACUGUUAGCCGACCCGCUAGCCCCUACACAUUGAACCCACCCAUCGACUUUGAUGGUCUCAGCUGGCCUUGUCCUGGAACUAGACAGCGGAAGGAGUCAACACCGGAGGAGACCGAGCAACGUCUUGAGAAGAUGUCUGGAGCUAUCCGAACAAUCCUAGAAUGUAUCGGUGAGGAUCCGGAAAGAGAAGGACUUCGCGAGACCCCCAUGCGAUAUGCCAAGGCUAUGCUCUACUUUACCAAGGGUUACGAGGAGAAUGUUCGGGACUUGGUCAACAACGCUGUCUUCCACGAGGACCACGAUGAGUUGGUCAUUGUCAAGGACAUUGACGUCUUCUCUAUGUGCGAGCACCACAUGGUUCCCUUCACCGGAAAGAUGCAUAUUGGAUACAUUCCCGACCGUCGCGUCCUUGGUUUGUCAAAACUCGCUCGCCUGGCAGAGAUGUUCUCUCGCAGACUCCAGGUCCAGGAGCGUCUCACCAAGCAAGUUGCGUUAGCGAUUUCAGAGGUCCUUCAGCCUCGCGGCGUCGGUGUCGUUAUGGAAUCUUCCCACCUUUGCAUGGUUAUGCGCGGUGUGCAAAAGGUUAGCAGCACUACUACUACCAGCUGUAUGCUGGGAUGUAUGCGGUCCAGCGCCAAGACUCGUGAAGAGUUCUUGACCCUGUUGAACCGGAGAUAG